AUGAAAGCGUUUACUUUAUGUUUAAAGAUUUUUACAUUUCUUAUUUUAACUUGGAUAUUUCAUUGCUUUUACAACUAUGAUUCCAGUAUGUCUUUGAUUAAUAAAGAUACAAUGCAAAUAGCAAACCGGAUAAAACAUGAAAGAUUGUUAGCAGAGGCUGGUGUAUUGGAAAAAAAACAAACGAAUAUAAAGGAACGUAAAGAAUAUUAUCCAUCUGAUGAAAAAAAUAACAAGGAUGAAAAGCUGGUUUAUUUCAAGAGAAUGUUUAAUAUGUGGUGCAUUGCUAUUACCCUAUUAAUGUACGAACUAUUUUGUAAAAAAACAAAUGAAAUGAAUAAUGAAUAUAGAUAUCAAAUGCUGAAUAUUAAUAGGAAUAAUAAUUCACAACCUCAUGAGCUGCCUAUAGUUUAA